CUAGUCAUAACAUAACUCGUCAUGCGCCGGCAGCCGGUUAAAGUGCAAAGGUUAGAAAUUGACCCGUAUCGAUUCCGCGACAUAAACACAUGUGGAUGCUGAUCGAAAAAGGGCAGACAUACAAAUUUCAAUAGGGUACAGCGUAUGUCAGCAGACUUUUGGAAGUCUCAGGAACUAUUCAUAACAAGUAAUAGACCACAGAAUACAAUUAUCAUUAUGCAAUGCUUCCAGAAAAUGUAUAUCCUGAAAUUCCAUCAAUUGCAAUGCCUCCCUCUGAUCAUACAGCCCAGUUACAACAUGUUUACUAGCUGCAAACUGUUGACCAUCUGCAAACUACUUACCAGCUGCCAGCUGUUUACCAGAGUGACAUCUUAUAGAAGAAUUUCCAGGUGGCCAAUUGCGUAUCAUCAAGCCAUCUGCAAUAGGAAUAGAUCUGUCGUCCCUUUAGCAGUCAAACCGCUGCUUGUUAGAUAUUGCAGCAAUGAAAUUACGAAGCCUGUUCUAUUGUACAGGGGUGAACAGAAGAGACUAUUCCAGUUCGUCAGUUUCUUUGCCAUCAGCCAGUUGAUAUUUUGGGUUUAUUUAACGAACUUUGCGUUCACUUCAAUGAAAGACUCUCACAUGAAACAAGAAAUAAAGUAUGGUCCAGAGGGUGCACCAAAUGAACUACGAAACUGGACUACGUGGGAGGGAAUAAAAUUGAAUCUCUCUGCAUCAAGGUGGAGAUAUGGAGUCACAGUUUUAUCAAUGAUAGCAGGUGGAGGGAUAUUUACACUGGCAUUUCUGUAUUCCCGAAAGAACAUCAACGCUCUAGUGCUACGCCAGGGUGGAAAACAUCUCACAUUUAAGACUUACGGCAUCUUCGCCCAAGGCUACACGUUCACCGUGCCAGUGAAGCAUGUAUCGUGUGAAUACACACGCCACGGCGGACGGAAAACCUUGCCAAUUAAAGUGAAGGACCAUCGAAUGUUUUACACGCUGGACACAGGUGACGGGAAGUUCUACAAUGGACGAUUAUUUGACACAUCUGUUACAGUUAGGCGUCAUUUUUAGUUUUGAAUUGUUGCAGUUUUUACCACUUUUAAAAAUAACUGUCUGGGAAAAACCCUUUAAAAAUUCAAUUAAUAUCAUGAAUUGCAAAUUUAAAUGAAGCAAUAAUUCACUAUCUUGUUAGUAAGACGCAGAUCUAAAAAUAGUUGUUUUUCAUUGAAUAAAUCUCUAUUAUUACUAUUUAAGUUUGUCAAUUACAUUAUCCAUAUCUGGGCAUGAUGUUUUUAUAUCACUCACACCUAUAUAUAGCCAUGAUGUCAUAUAGUAUGACACACCUGGAAGUUUUCUUACCUGACUACUAGCAAAUUUAAUGAUACAGGAAUGGUAAAUUAUUAAUGCAUUUGUUAUCAAUAGAUGGGGCGUUUAUUGUUGAGAAGGUUUAUUCAAGGGAGGCAUUAUUUUUGUUGGUGUAAUAUGGAUAACGUGUAUAUACUCAAAUAAAUUUCCAUCAAAACUUUUUAUUGCAUGAUACAAACCAGGUUAGAAAAAUGAAAUUCUACUGGAUAAAACAUUAAUAGAAUGUGUUGAGAA